CCCCGGUCCCUCCCCCUCCGCUCCGGGCUCGGUGCGGGGCGAUGCUCUUGCGGGCGGGUUCCCCGCCGGCGCUGUCGUCGCUGCGGGUCGCGCUGCGGAGCGGGCGCCGGGGAGCCGUGUUCCCGCUGGAGCAGCUGGAGCGGUGCCUGGCUCCGGGCGCGGAGGCGGCGCGGAUCGGGCUGUUCCGGCCCGGGCUGGAGGCGCUGCAGCGGGCGGAGGCGCUGUUCAGGGCCGGCCCCGCGCACCGCAUCGCCUACCUGAGCUCCGCCGUGCGCAUGGACCACGCGCCGCCCGCGGCGCUGCCAGAGGUGUGCUUCAUCGGCCGAAGCAAUGUGGGGAAAUCAUCUUUAAUCCGGGCCUUGUUUUCACUGGCUCCAGAAGUGGAGGUCAGAGUAUCAAAAACUCCAGGCCACACCAAGAAGAUGAAUUUCUUCAAAGUAGGGAAGUACUUUACUCUGGUGGAUAUGCCGGGAUACGGCUACCGUGCCCCGCAAGACUUUGUGGAGAUGGUGGAGGCCUACCUGCAGGAACGGCGCAACUUGAAGAGGACUUUUCUAUUAGUUGAUGGUGUAGUAGGACUUCAGAAAACAGAUUAUAUUGGAAUAGAGAUGCUGGAAGAGUUUGGGAUUCCUUAUGUGAUGGUGUUAACAAAAAUUGACCGAGCUUCUAAGGGACUGUUGUUAAAGAAUGUACUGGAGAUCCAGGAGUUUGUAAACAAGAAAACUCAGGGAUGCUUUCCUCAGCUAUUCUUGGUCAGUUCUCUGGAGUUUUCAGGGGUUCACUUGCUAAGGUGUUUUAUAGCCCAUGUUACUGGAAACCUGCCUGUUGUAGAGGCCAGCUGAAAAGACUGGGUCCUGGUCUGCUCAGCUCAUCCAGAACAAAAGGCGCAGCAUGAUAGCACACCUCACUUGCAUACAUCAUGUUGCACCUGUUCCAGGUGGAUGAAGGAAAGGACACAUCUUUAAUGGGAUCUGUUUUUUGAUCACUGUUGGCUUGAAACAGAGUGGAAUAUAUCACUGACACCUAUGGGAAUUCUCUCCUUCAGCAGUUUUUUAUCUACCAGUGCUGCAUCUACCUUCUGCUUUAAAUCCAGCAUGAAUUUCUGUAGCUGCACUCAAAUGAAUUGUUAGAGAUGAGAGACUGUAGAGAUUGCCUGUUAUCUGCAUCUGUUCUACUCUGGCAGCUGAAGCACGAUGCUGAUGUCUCGUACUCUUUACAGGCACUGUAACAGCUGGCAGAACUGUGUUCCACAGCAGCUAAGAACAUCUGAAGUUGGCUCAUUACAAGGCACAGAACUGGCAAAAAAGAGGACUACCAUCAAUAGCAGUAGUUGUUACCAGAGAAUUUAGACCAGAGCUAUCAAGUGCCUAUGUCAGCCUUCAGCACUGUCUUGUCGUGUCUUAACAUUGCCAAAAGUGUGUGUGCAGUUGUCAGUUACUUACAUUAAGUGUUUAAACCUCAAGAAAGGGUAGGUCUUUUGUGAACCGCUCAGAAGUAUUUUUAGUGUUUUGUUUCAUUACAGAAUUUCUUAUAACUCUCAGACUAGACUCGAGGUCUGUUUUCAGCAUACUUGUAAGAAAUGCAGGGUGUGAGGAAUGCAGCAGAAAGAUGGGGAUCUCUAGUUUCCACAUCUUAGCAGACAUCAAAUAUGUAAAUCUCAAAAAUUCUAUCUCUAAUCCCAUAAUGCUCCAGAGCAAACCAGGCCAUGGGAUGCCUGAUCCUAGGGAAAGUGCAGUAGCAUCUAGUCAGAUGGAACGAGUGCAAGUGAACAUUUCAGGAAUAAUCUUUUCUUAGUAUCUUAAAACCAGAAUUUUCUAAAAGCAUCAAUCUUGUCAAAGCUGUCACUUUCAGGGACUCAGCUGUGACUGAAAAGCCUUUUAAAAUAAACCUGUGCUGUUAAUGGAUAUAAAUAAAAGAAAGUGCAGUUCUUUUAUUAGUCCCUCUUCAGAAAAAAAGACACUUAAUAGUGCUAAGAUGUCUUUUAUUAAUCACUUAAAUAUAGUAAGUAUGUGUGGAAAAUUAAUUUCUAAGUAUAAAAAGUGUUUUGAAAUGGCAGCAGACUGUGAAUCAGACCCUGUGAUAUGUGUGUGUGUGCAAUUCCCAUGAGGUGUCUUUAGUGGGAGCCAUGUGUAGCUAGGCCAUACAUUUUCUUACAGCUGUAAUAUAAACAGCAUGUACAGUCUUAUCCCAAAGAACCAUCUUUAACUCUGGCCAUACCUGGGGUUUCUGCUGUGUUGGCUGAAAUAUCUUCAUUCAUAAAUGCUUCAAAUAAUGGAGUAACACUUGUACCUUACUCAGUCAUCUGCAGGAGAAAACACUACAGUUUGUUACAUGCAAAAAUCUGUGUCCCUGUGACAGGUAAGAUGGUAAAUAAAAUCAAGUCCUCUCCUUCACUUUAAUCAUUAAAAAUUAGAUUUAAGCACCUUCAUGGGAACACGCUUUGGGUAAACAGGUGUCUGACACACUAGCAAACUUCCUCUUACUAAAAGGACUUAAGUAAGGCUUAGUUAAGGACUUGCUUAAGUACUUAAGGGACGUGCCUUGUUGCUGAGUGAGGAACUGCACUUUCUCAGCCCAGGGACACAAAAGCUGUCCCCUUCUUUUCACCCUUCAUUGAUCAGUGGUGAGCCUGGCAGCAUACUGAAGUAACAUAGAUGGCUUCAUUUUUAAAUGCUUUUAUACCUUAAGUUGUUUGCAGUGUAUACACCACACUGCAGGCACCUAGAAUUACUUUGUAAAGCUUUGCCUCUUCUGCACAUUUUAUUUACAGAAAUUAUGUUGACCACAGGCUUCUAUGUAAUAGCAUUUCACUUUGUGCAUCUUCUCCACCUUCUUGCAAUCCCCGAACUAUUGAGUUUGGCCUUUUUUGGCAUCAAAAAUCCAUGGGGUGUUAUCUUGGAAGUUAGUGUCCAGUUGUAAGAAUAACUAGGUAUAAUAAAGUACAGAAUAGGAUGGAGGAAAACAAGAAGUGUAACAGGAUGAGAAUAACGGAGUUUAGGAACCCCCGUGCCUACGGGUUAAUCGCCGACCACAGG